GAUCAGUAACAGAAUGUGGGAGAGAGAGAGAGAGAGAGAGAGCUGUGGAAACGCCCAAACCUAAAAUCAAGAGUUUCAAGCCAACAUCUCAUCAGAUCAUCAAUUAAGGAUUCUGACCAUAUAUAGCCAAAUCCAAAAACACUCUUCUGAUCAUCUCUCUCGCAUGAGCAAUUACUUCGUGACCCACUUCAUUCUGAUCCCAACGUUUUGUUCUCUUAAACUUUUAUUAACUUAUAUAUAUUGAUCUGCAACAAAUAGAUCAAAUUCAUGAUCUUUGUCCAAUAUAGAAAUAGAUUGAUUAAAUUUAUUGGAAGCGAUCGAUAGAUUCAAUUACUUGUAUCCUUAAGAAGGCUUAUAGCCAGAAGGACGUUUGUCGAAAAGUGAGAUCAGAGUGCAAGAUCAGAUGGCGGACAUAGAAGCUCAAACUACUAAUAAGACGUCUGAUAGGGAAGCCCCUGCCAUCUUUAAGAAAGCCAAUCGAUCUGUCACAUUGAAGUUUAUGGACGUUAUUUACAAGAUAAAACCUAGGAAAGGGGGAUUAAUACCUCAGAAAAAGGCCAGGUCCGAGGAGAAAAUGAUACUGAAGGGAAUCACAGGCAUGGUUCAACCAGGAGAGAUAUUGGCCAUGCUCGGCCCAUCUGGCAGUGGCAAAACAACAUUGCUAACUGCACUGGGAGGCCGCCUUGGUGGCCGACUUGGUGGAAGCAUAACCUACAAUGGCAAGCCUUUCUCCAAUGCAAUGAAACGAAAUACUGGAUUUGUUACCCAAGAUGAUGUUCUCUAUCCCCACCUCACCGUGACUGAGACUCUAGUAUUCACUUCCCUUUUGCGAUUACCGAAUAACUUCACGAAAGAAGAUAAAGUUCAGCAUGCAGAAGCUGUGAUAACUCAACUAGGGUUAUCUAAAUGCAAGAAUAGCAUUAUUGGAGGACCAUUUCUGAGAGGGAUUUCCGGGGGAGAGAGAAAGAGGGUUAGUAUAGGACAAGAAAUGCUCAUAAACCCUAGUCUGCUAUUAUUGGACGAGCCCACAUCAGGUCUUGACUCGACAACUGCUCAAAAAAUUGUAUCUACGUUGUGGGAGCUAGCAAAAGGAGGUAGAACGAUUGUGAUGACAAUACACCAGCCUUCGAGUAAGUUGUUUUAUAUGUUCGAUAAGAUUUCAUUGUUAUCUGAAGGAAACCCUUUGUAUUUUGGGAGAGGAUCCGAAGCCAUUGAAUAUUUUUCCAGCAUUGGAUAUUCCCCGUCGGUUGCCAUGAAUCCCGCAGAUUUUCUCUUGGAUCUAACCAAUGGCGUGGCGUCGGAUGAUUCAAACAAGGAUAGCAUCCCGGUUAAACAGAGCUUGUCCUCUGCCUAUACAUGCCGUCUUGAUGACAAACUGAAGGCCGAACUUCAAGGAACAGACAUUAAUGAAAGUCACGUCGCCUUGGAGGACAGGCAAUUUGAGAGGUGGUCCACAACUUGGUGGCAACAGUUUUCAAUUCUAUUUAGAAGAGGGGUCAAGGAAAGAAAGCACCAAUCAUUCUCCGGCCUCAAGAUUGGUCAAGUUGUGGUGAUAGCUUUUCUCUCGGGACUGCUAUGGUGGCAUACUAAUCCUUACCACCUACAGGAUCUGAUUGGGCUGCUCUUCUUCCAAUCUGGAUUUUGGGGCUUCUUCUCGCUAUUUCAAGCCAUUUUCACCUUCCCCCAGGAGCGAUUGAUGCUCGAGAAGGAACGUUCUUCAGGAAUGUACAGGCUCUCAUCAUACUUCAUGGCAAGCACAGUUGCGGACCUCCCUAUGGAGCUUGUCCUUCCCACCAUUUUCGUCACCAUCACAUACUGGAUGGCAGGACUCAAAGCCAGCGCCGGACACUUUUUGCUCACCCUGUUUGUCCAGCUAUACAGCGUGCUAGUAUCUCAAGGCUUAGGUCUCGCCCUUGGUGCUUCCUUAAUGGACCAGAAAUCCGCCGCUACUCUUGGAUCAGUCAUAAUGCUAUCAUUCAUGCUUGCUGGCGGAUUCUAUGUUCAGCACGUGCCUCCCUUCAUAGCGUGGAUCAAAUACCUCUCCAUCAGCUAUUACACAUACAAGCUCUUGUUAGGGUGUCAAUACAGCCUUAGCGAUACGUAUCCUUGUGCUGCUCCUGCUGGGUAUUGUUUGGUUGGGGAGUAUCCGCCUAUAAAGCAAGUGGGGCUAAACAAGCAAGCCGUCGCGUUUGUUGCCUUGACCAUCAUGCUCGUAGUUUACCGGCUCAUUGCUUAUAUUGCCCUCAUGAGGAUUGGAAUGACAAAGAAAGUGAAGUAAGGUAGGAAUUCUUUUUCCCCUUUUUAGUGAAAAUAGAAUUGUUAGUGUUAAAAUAGUAUUCUACCUUAAUCAUUAAGGUAGAAACGUGGUGUUGGUAAUUCGAAUAGUUAAGAGGUGCCACAUGAUCUCAUACUUGAAACGGAGAGAAUUUCGAUGAUUGUAGCGAGUGAAAAUGCUGCUUGACUUUCAUUAUAAUGGAACCUUUUGUUUUCGGCCCGAAUUGGCUGUCAUGGUAAUGGAGUUUUAUGCUCUGGUGCUGCUAAAA